AUGCAAUUCUCUACCCUCGCCGCCAUCACUGCUCUCGCAGCCACUGUCUCCGCUGGAUACAACGGAACUGUUGUUUACACCACUGAGGUCCACACUGCCUACACCACUGUCUGCCCAGCUUCCACUGAGUUGACCUUCAACGGCAUUACCUACACUGCUACUGCUUCCACCACCUUGACCAUCACCAACUGCCCAUGCACCAUCGUCAAGCCAGUUACCACCUCAAGCGUAGUGUACUGCAACACCUGGUACCCUAAACUUGCCCCUAGCUCCACCCCAGUGUACGCCAACACCACCGUUGCUGCUACCACCGCUGCCUCCACCACCCCUGGCUCCGUCGGUACCACCUCUGCCAAGUCCUCUGCUACUGCCACCCCAUCCACCAUCACCACCUCCGGUGCCAACCAGCUCUUCGCUCUCUCCGGAGCUUCCCUUGCUGGUGUUAUGGGCCUCGCUGCUUACUUCUUGUAA